GUUUGUGCUUGUCAUUGCUUGUCAUCCUCCGCUCGCACAACAAACAACUUGAAUACGGAACGCAACAGUGAACUGCAGUGAAUAAUUUCCCUUUUCUUGUGAUUUUUAUUGUGUGUUAAAUCUCAAAACAACUACAAUGGAUAUGGAUUGCUCUAACGACUGGAGAAACGCUCACCACAGCACAGGUACCACAAUUAUGGCUGUGGAGUUCGAUGGAGGUGUAGUGGUCGGUGCCGAUUCACGCACCAGUACCGGUACGUACGUAGCGAACCGGGUGACGGAUAAGCUCACGAAGCUGACGGACAAAAUCUACUGUUGUCGUUCCGGCUCGGCUGCCGACACACAGGCCAUUGCUGAUAUCGUUGCAUAUUCAUUGAACUAUCAUGAAAAUCAGACCGGUGAGGAACCACUGGUGGAGGAUGCUGCCAACGAGUUCCGCCAGUAUUGUUAUAACUACCGCGAUACACUAGUGGCUGGUAUUAUCGUUGCUGGAUGGGAUGCGAAACACGGCGGUCAGGUUUACUCGGUUCCGGUGGGUGGUAUGCAGAUUCGUCAAAGUGUCACCAUCGGUGGUUCGGGCAGCUCGUACAUUUACGGCUUCGUAAAGGAAAAUUAUCGCGAAGGCAUGGCCCGGGAUGCAUGUGUAGAGUUUGUGAAGAAAUCGAUUUUUCACGCUAUGUAUCACGACGGAAGUUCUGGAGGCGUGUGCCGCAUCGGUGUUAUCACGAAGGAUGGCGUCGAGCGGGAAGUGUUCUUUGCUCCGCGGGAUUAUGAAAAUAUGCCAAACCGCUCCUCAGCACCAAGUGUGUCCGUGCAGGCGUAAGCGUAAAAAUCGUAUAUGAAACAUAAAACAUUGUCUAUGGUUAAUGGAAUAAAUUUUUCAAUUUUCGAUCCAAUA